AUGGCAACAGGCCAACCUUUGAGGGGAGCUGUCCGGGCUCUGUCCUGGACUCGUGUUCUUCCCCCUCGGGCGCGACAAGGAGCUUUGCUGCACCGCGCAUGCCAGACCAGAGGCGUCCAGAUUCGCGCUGCGCCCGCGGAACAGCCUGCGGUCAAUGGAGACAAUCUCCCUGUGUCCAGCACUCCCACAUCAGCUGAAUCCGCUGAUGCUCGGUUCGAUGUCAUUGGCGCACCCUACUCGCUCCUGUCGGUUUCGCUUUCCGCUUCGCAGAAUCUGUACACUCGCCGAGGGACGUUGGUUGGGCUGAGUGGGAAAGCAGACAAUGUGAUUUCCACCUUGAGUGUCCUUGAACCCUUCCGAAGAGCUGUUGUCGGCGUGCCGUUCCUCUAUCAAAAGAUAUCCUCCGCCAGCCCGGUGACGGCCCUGGUCUCCGUCCGCUCGCCAAACACCUCUUUUGCGGUCGUACACCUCAAUGGCUCGGUCGACUGGAUGGUCGCUCAAAGGCGAGCGCUACUUGCCUGGACAGGUCGUUCGCUCUCCAUUCGACCCACCAUCAACACGAACCUGAGCCUGGCCCACUGGGGUAGCUCUGAGGUCACUGGCAGAGGAUUGUUGGCUCUGGUUGGCAACGGCCAGCUGUAUUCGGUCGAGCUCAAGGCCGGCGAGCAAUACAUAGUCCAUCCCAGCAAUGUUGUUGCUUACACUAUCUCGUCCAACCCUCCUCGUCCCUACCGGUUCAAGUCUACGACAUUGAAGCUUCAGGUUCCGGGCCUUAAGAACCUGCCUGCCUUCAUUCAAAGCUACAUUCAGAGUUCCAAGUUCCUCCAAGCUAUGUCCGAAGCGGAUACUUGGAAGUCUACAAUGAAGCUGGUUCACAGGCUUCGCACCUGGUCUCGAAUGACCAUCUGGGGUGACAGGCUGUUCCUUCAAUUCGACGGCCCUACAACUAUUCUCCUUCAAACCCGCGGGCCUCGCAUCAACGAGGUCCUGACGAAGCACGAGGUGAACGAGCUUGCCAGUGCUCCGCGUGGAUUGACCAUUGGCCCAGCGAAGCCUCCAACACCGGCGGAGGAAGCAUCGCGGAAAGCAGCCGAGGAGGCGGUGAAUGCUGCCCCUGUUCCCUCCCGGACGGCGGACGACUUGUUCCAAGAAGCCAAGGGCACGUCGCAGAGCGUCGCCAGACUCACCAAGGAUGGCAAGGUGGUUUUUGAGAAGCUGGAAUAA